GCCAUUGGUUUUGCCACCCCACUUAUUCAAGUAGCAGCAGCCUUUUCCCCACCCAGCGAGAGAGAGAGAGAGAGAGAGAGAGAGAGAGAGAGAGAGAGAUUGUUGAUGGCGGAAGAGGAUCAAAAGGAGCUUCAGCUGCUGCCGUCUCAGCCGCCGGAUCAGACGGUGAGAAAGCUGAGACCGACGGUGCAGAUGAUCACGGACUCCUCCGCCGUCAUACACCACGAUCUCGACCUAAAGCUGUCCAUCAGCCUCGCUCCCAUCGCGGCCUCGGCGGAUCAUCAUCCGUACGGAAUGGAGGCGGUGAGGUGGCAGGCGGCGGAGCAGAUAAGGCUAGCGGCCGUUGAGAAGGCUUACGCCGAGAGGGUCAGAGAGUUGACGCGGAGGGAGAUGGAGUUGGCUCAGUCCGAGUUCGCCCGUGCCAGGCAGAUGUGGAAGAGGGCGAGGGAGGAGAUAGAGAGGGCGGAGAGGUUGAAGGAGAGGGCGACGAGGAGGAUAGAUCCGACGUCGUGCAUGGAGAUCACCUGCCACUCCUGCAGUCAGAGGUUUAGGCCUUAUAAUUAAUCAUCUUCGAUCUUAUAUUAUAAUUGAUAUAUUUUCAAAAAAAUAACUCCAUAAUCAAGAAGUUAUUUGUCCCUUUUUUAUAUAUAAUUUCCUUCUUUUUUGGGGGGUUUGCUGUUUUCGGGGGGUUGGAGUUUGGUAUAUUAGGUCCUUUUGUUUCCUUGAUAUCUAAGGAAAAUGAUUAAUAAUAGAAGCAUGAUUUGUUUUUGCC